UAUAUCACUAUGCGUGAUAUAUUAUAUCAUAUCGAUUAAAUUUUAUUUUACUUCCGUCUUGAUAAACUUUAAAAUGUCUCAGAGAGUAGCUGUUCAGACUAGAAAAUCAGGGCAUUUGAUUGUUGCGGCUAUUGAUUUUGGGACGACAUAUUCUGGAUACGCCUAUUCAUUUAAAGAUCACUAUCAACGAAAUCCGCUUCAGAUAUUCAGUCAUUCAUGGACAGAUGGGCACGGACUCUUCACCACCAAAGGGCCAACACUAGUGCUGUUUGAUAAAAAUGGAGACUUUAAUGCUUUUGGUUACGAGGCAGAAGAAAAAUAUGCACAACUUUCUUCGUCAGAUAAACAUACCGGAUGGAAGUACUUCCGACAUUUCAAAAUGACCCUUCAUAAUAGAACAAACCUCACGUUGAAAACAAAACUACGUGAUGACCAGGGGAAGACAAUGCCAGCCAUAAAAGUAUUUUCUGCCGCUAUCAAGUACCUAAAGACACACCUUUUAGACAAGUUGACAGAAUCUUACUAUAACAGACAGCAAUCAGUUAAAGGCAAUGCAGCUGCUAAAGACGUUGGUAUAAACGUGAAUGAUGAUAUACUUUGGGUCUUAACAGUUCCAGCUAUAUGGAAUGACUCAGCAAAACAAUUUAUGAGAGUAGCAGCUGUGCAGGCAGGUAUACCAGAGAGUCAGCUUUUACUUGCCUUAGAACCAGAAGCUGCAGCAAUAUUUUGUAGAACAGCAGUACUUUCUACAAACAAAAGCGACGAAGCAGGUGCCUUCAAGAAAGAUUCGCAAUUUAUGGUGAUCGAUCUUGGAGGUGGUACAGUUGAUAUCACAGUUCAUAAGGUCCACAAUGAUGAGAAAUUGCAUGAAGUUUACCCACCCAGUGGCGGACCUUGGGGUGGCACACUUGUCGAUGAACAAAUCUAUGAGUUUUUGGAAAAUCUUUUUGGAAGGAAGGUUCUACAAAUACUACAGAAGGAAAGCAAAACUGAAACCCUCGAUAUGCACAGAACAUUAGAGUUAAAGAAACGCCAGUUCAAAGUGAUGGAUGAAGAAGAUGGAAAAGUGAAUCUAACAUUACCAAGUUCUUUGUAUGAGAUAUAUGACGAAGAAAAUAGUGAAGAAACGUUCUUGGACAGGCUAGAAAGACUGAAAUCAAAUAAGGUUCAGAAGAAAAGAGGGAGAUUAAUAAUUGAUCAAGAUAUAUUUCAUGAAAUGUUCAUGAAAUCGAUUGAUAGUCUGACGGAACAUUUGGAAGCAAUAUGUAGGAGACAUGAUAUGGCAGAGGUGAAAACCUUAAUCCUGGUCGGUGGAUAUUCAGAAUGUGAUGUACUGAAACAAUCUAUCAAAGACACCUUCACAGACAAGCAUGUGAUUAUUCCAGAAGAGGCUUCAAGCGCCGUAGUUAAAGGUGCUGUUCUGUUUGGACACAAUCCUGAUAUAAUCGAUUCAAGGAGAGCGCCAUGCACAUAUGGUAUAAGCUCCGCAGUGCCGUUUGAUCCCAAAAUUCAUCCAGCUAUGCACAAGCACAGAGAUAUGUGUGAAGAUGUAUUCAAAGUCUUCAUACCAAUUGGAACUGAAAUUGUGCCAGGCAAAACUCAGGUAAUCCAUUCAUUCAACACAGCGCAGAGCUCUUCAGUAGAGAUAUAUAAAUCUAUCUCUGAGCAUCCGUCCUUCAUAACAGAUCCCGGAUGUGAAAAGGUUGGCGAGAUUGACAUUAGUGGUACUGCUGGAGAAUCAACUAGAGUGGACAUUAUCAUGAAAUUUGGAGAUACAGAAUUGCAUGUCGAGGCAAAAGAGCAAGAAACCGGAAACAAAAUAUCGGCGAAGUUUAAUUUUUUGCGAUGAAAAAAAAAAUAUAUAGGCAUAUUUAUCAUACAUACUGUUUUAGGUUGGCGACUGCUUUACUGUUGUUUAUGUGUACAUUAUUUGCUCUUACGUUUAUGUUUCAUCUCAUUCUUACAAUCAGUAUAAUAUUCGCCAAAUGAAAUACAAAUACAUGCUUUAAGAGGAUAAUUCUACCAUAAUUUAAAAGUAUCACGCAGGCACUGACACUAGAUGGUAUUGUGUGAUCUUUCUUAUAUUAUUUUUUGCAAGUACUUGUUCAGUUCUUGCAUUAAUAAAGCGCUGUUUCCAGGAACCUGAAAACACCUAUGUCUUAUAUAAUUUUGAAGUUGAUAACUAAAUAGCUGGACUAGUUCAGUCUUUAUUUGGCGAUGAAAUUUUCUUUUAUAAGUAGUAUUAUAUAUAUAUAUAUAUAUAUUUAUGCAGCCAGUUUGCAAAUAGAUAUUACGUAUUUAGAAAAUGAUAAAACAGGAUUGUUUAAAUAUAUCUAUAUACGAAUAUAUAGGAAGUAAUAAAUGUGCGGGGAUGAGAAGUUGUAUAUACUGAUUUUUGAUUUGCCUACAAAUUGUUAACACAUAUACCAAGUCAGUGUGUGUUAUUAUUGUUCACGAUGUUUGUUACCCUUUCUUAUUUGAAGGUCGGAUUUCAUAAGUGUUGACUUUAACACAUGUGAGUGUACAAUCUAAAUUGAUAAGAGAAUUUUAAAUCCAUGUUUGAUGAUAAAUUUGAAAAAUGUUCAUAAACGUAGAGUAUAUCUUAAACAUGUUCCAAUGUAAACAUGAUAAAGUUACAAUUCACCCGAUAGAUCAUUUCUUAACUGGUUUAUUUUUCUAUUUUGGUCCCAAUAUAAUAUUAUAACAUUCAUUAACUUAAGUUAUGAUUAAGAGGUUUAUACCGCUACCUUCGUUUCUUUUCAAUAUGAUCAGCGUUAGUCAUUAAAGUUAAGAUUUUAGAAAUACUAAUCAAAUGUAAUUUAAGUAUUGAUAAAGCACAAAGUUUGCUGAAACAACAGAUGCGAAAUAUAGAAAAUGUGACACCCUUAUACAGGUAAAAUUUCACAAUUUUCCUAAAUCUUACAUUUACGCAGUCUAUUAUAAGGCAGACAUAACUGUAACUCUCCCUCUGAUUUUGAAAUGUGAUAUUCUUAAAUGAGAUAUUCAUAAAUUCAAUAUUUGAAUAUUUGUUUACUAAUAAUGAUAUUAACGACUUUCGUAUGAAAAUAAAUCCGUUUCGUUCAACAAUUACACUUUUAUUUUUCUACUUGAAUGAAUGUACGACUGUACUUUAGACGUAUGAAUCUAAUGAAUGGAAGGAACUUAACCGUUCUGUUUUUGUUUCCUUUUAAGCCCCAGAAUGGAACAAUAAAUAUAUCAGUACUAUUUUAUAAUUAUACCAAUGUAAUGGAUAUACAAGACUAAUACAAUUAAUGUAUCUGAUAUUGAGAGAUUUUUUUGGUUUUCUUAUGAAAAAGCACUUUACCGAAUGUGGCUUGUGUUGUUUUGUAACGUUAUUUGAUCGGCUAUAUAGUAAACCUGUUGAUGUAAUAGGUUUCGGUAUAUUUUGUUACUCCCAUAUAAAAUACUGUUCAAUGAAGAGAUGAUAAUUAUCUACGUGAUUUCUUUGUUUUCAAUGAUUAUAUUUAAGGCUGACAAAAUAUUUACUAUUUUAAUACAUGUUUAUUGAAAAUGUCAAAUUUCAAGCAAAACGUUCUUCAAGACGCUAGCAGACGACUUUGGUUUACCAGAAAGCAGUGCAACUUUUCAAGUCGUUGUUGAUAGGUUUGAUAAUCUCUGUGCUGUCACAAAAACAAUUAAGGAUGUUGGACUCACUAAUUGUGGACUUAUAUUUGGUAAGAUCUUUACCCACAGAAUAUUGUUUUGUAUGGACUAGGAUUCGUGCUUAUCAUUCGUAAAAAUAUAUCACUCUUCGUAUUGUUUAUCAUCAUGAAAAUUGUGUAAAUCACGCAUUUGCAGACAAUUCAAAGUAUUGUUAAUCAUAGAAAAUUAUUUUAUUAUCCAUGCGUUUGUAAAUCAUCCCAGUUUUUUUUAAUUAGUUCAGUUAUUGUUGUUAACAUAUCAGAUAUCUGAAGUCGAAAAUAAUAAAAAAAACAGAACAUA